GGAAAAAAAGAACGAGGAAAAAAAAUUAGGCGACAAAAUCGCUUGUUAGUUGUUUUUCUCUUCCGGGAAGAAAAAUUCUUUUUCCGAUCGUCGAAGGAAUCCAUCGUUCCGUCGCUUUCUCCGAUCAAUCAUCGGUCCGAAUUCUCUUACUCCAGUGGAACAGCCGCCAUGGUUUUAGAGAUGCAGCACAAGCAGCCUCAGCCGCCGUCCCUUGUCGAGCUUUGCAUUACAACAGCCAUUGAUAAUGUGAGGUUCAUCGGAUACGUUGGUGGGAUAGAUUUUCAACUCCUUGACCAAAUUUUACCACAUUGCACUGUAGAACAGUUAAUGCAUGUGGAGGAUUGUACUGAAGACACGGAUCUUAGUCCAAUCACCAAUAAGUUGUGGAAACGAUUCUAUGAGAAGCAGUUUGGUUAUGAGAAAAUGAAAAUUGUCAUUGAGAGGAUGAAGCAGAACAGAGUAACUUUCAAGUGGAGACAUUUAUACGAGGCCAAGUUGAAAGAUGUGGAGCAAGAUGAGAAACGAGCUGCGGAUCGACUUAAACAACUUUAUGACAACGAAGUUGCAAAGAAACAAAAUCGGAAAACUAAGCUUUGCGCGAAAGUUCCUCCCAGCGGCAAAAGAAGCUUUUGGGCUAAUGGACCUGGUUACAAUCUUUCCAAUGUGAAGAGCAACAUCAUGAAGAAAGCAAAGUCGGAUCUCUUAAAGAGUCAAGAAAUGAAAAAUCUUGCGGCGAUGAAGAGAAAUGCAGUUCAGAAGAGUUUCAGUAUCAAUGCUCCAAAGAGGAGCAGUUCUUCCACUUCGACACCGGGAAAUGCUUCGUCUUUUAGCAGUCCUCCAAAGAGGAGUAGCCUUUCUUCUAAGGCUCCUUCAACGUCAAGAACACAGCAACCGGGCAGGAAGAUAAUGUAGAAGUCUUUCCAUUUACAUGGAAAUCUAUCUCUACUUCAAACUUUCAGACACCAAAUGACAAAAUCUCUCUCUUGUAUUGGUCAUUCCAAUUUCCAAAUGUAAUGAAUGAAUCUUCAUUUUUGCAAUAUAAUAAAGUUUAUUGCUUUCUA